AUGCCGGGCCAUCGAUCAUGGCGAUCCUCAGGCCGCCGACCUGCCAGGUCCGCCUUCCUGCACAAAUUACGUAGAUGGCCCCCAGAAGACUCCCAAAACCACCUCGCCGGCGGCCGUCAGCCGCUCACAUGGCCUGCCAACGCCAUCCCCAUGGAACUCUUUAUCGAGAUAACCUCCUUUCUCUCGAGGUCUGACGUCGAGAAUCUGCGGGCUGUCAACAAGGAGUUUGAGCUCAAGCUUGCCUCUCAGUACUUUCGCAACGUCGUUGUUCCUUUCAACGCAGAGCUGUACACGGCCCAGAGCAACGAGGCAAGAGACGGCGACCAUCAGACACUGCCGGAGCAACGGCCCAGGAGAACCGCUGUUCAAGGGCCCCGAGAUACCAAGCUUAGCGUGCUUGAGUCCAUGGUCAGACGAGCCGGUUUCACCGAAGCACAAACAUCGGAUGCUAUUGAGACUCUGCUGAAUACAGAAGGUGCCACACUGUCUGGAAUUGAAUUCGAUGAGAGGGCCGCACCUCCGCCAGCCCCGGCGCCGAUGACCGCCACGCCCACGGCCCAAGAUCCAUUCCCAGCGGUGACAAUACCUGCGCCCAACCCAGACAACAACGUGCGCAGGCUUACUAUCCUCCAACAACGUUGGGGCAACCCGCCCGCCACGUAUUCGCUGCAACCCAAGGAAUUGACGAGGGGCCAGCUUGAGAUGAUCCUUGAGAUGGACUGGGCUCAUCGAGCCCUGAUCCAGUCCUACGUUAUCGCCAUUCUCGAUCACUCGCGUGCCUCCCGGUUCAGUUCGCUGACGUCUUUGACCAUUGCCAAAAUCCCCAGCAGCCACAUCAACAUGUUCCAGAGGCACGAUCUUUGGGAUAGUCUGCCCACCCUGCGGAAUCUGACGCUCGCCGUCGUCCCCGACUGGCUGCCGACAAUGGCGAUGGAUGGUACGCAGCCUGCUUUCCAACCAGCCGUUGUGUUCGGAUCCGUCGCGGUAGCCGCCGCCGCCGCCGCCGCCAACCAGGUGGCUGUUCCAACCCCAAUCCAGGUCGAUGAGAGCGACUCCGAUGACGAUGCAAUCUUUGUAAGCUCAGGCAGCGGCUCCCACCUCCCAAGCCAGAUGUCCUGGGCAGGGUUCAUCAACCACUUCACGCCGGGGAUGACGGUGGAGGGCAUGGCAGCGGGCCAGCCUGCAGCCGGACGACCCAAGGUAUCUGGGCCGAUGCUUCGUCUUUGGUUACCUGAAGGGCACUCUUUCAGAAGAGAGCGCAAGAGUGGUCUCUACAAGCUGAAGAGCAUAUCCUUCAAGUCGUGCGGUUACGCUCGACACGUCGAGGUCAACACCAUCACCCCAAUCGAUAGCGAAGAACCUUGGGCCGAUCAUGACGUCGCCAUGCGAAAAAAGGAACUCGAGAACUUCAUGCAGGUCUGCGGCGACCAUGGCAUUGCCAAGAUUGUUCACAUGCUGCCUGAGGAUGACGAACUUCACUUCGGAACCACUUGGAAUAUGACGCAGGGAUGGGCCGGCGUGUACGAUGCCAGAAAGAUCAGAGAUGCGCAGAUGGAUGGCGUCGUAGAACCAGGCCGUGGUCGUUUCAGCGGCUUUGUCACAGGACCCAGGCCUCCGCCUCCCACGGGGUUGUAG